CAAGCUAGCUAGCUAUAACCAUCUCAUCUCAACAUUCCCUACGCUUUCGAGUAUCGAUCCCUUCUCCUUCACACAAAGGACGAAACAAUGGCCAAACAAGCUAGAGUACUUCUGCUCCCAUUUUUCAUAAUCAUGCUCUCCUUCAUUUCAUGUUGUAGCAGUACUUCGCAACCAAAUCCAGUACUUCGUCAUUUUGGUCAUCAUGAAGAAUCUGGCCGGCAUGAUUCUCAAGCGUAUUCUUCGUACUUCAGCAACAAUGCGGACGGUGAGUUUAAGGACUUGAUCAAGGCAGUAACUGAUGCGGCCUUAAGUUUGAAGAGGUUUAAUAGAGUGGGUACCAUUUCCAGUACUUCGGUUAAAACAGUUAAUGUCGACGACUUUGGAGCUGAAGGUGAUGGUACUCAUGACGACACCGAGGCAUUUAAGAAGGCUUGGAAGGUAGCUUGUUCAUCUCAAGGAGGAGCUGUUCUGGUGGUGCCUCAGAAAAAAUACCGUCUUAAGCCAAUAAGAUUCUCUGGUCCCUGCAAAUCUGAUCUUACACUGCAGAUUUCUGGAACCAUAGAAGCGUCUAACGAUCGAUCGGAUUACGGCCAAGAUGGCAGACACUGGCUACUCUUCGAUAGUGUUCAGGAUUUAUCAGUUGAAGGUGGUGGAACCAUCAAUGGCAAUGGGAAAAUAUGGUGGCAAAACUCCUGCAAAACAAAUAAAGAUCUGCCUUGCAAGGAUGCACCGACGGCCCUAACCUUCUAUCAAAGCAAAAAUUUGAUCGUGAAGAACUUGAAGAUCCAAGACGCGCAACAAAUUCAUGUUUCUUUUGAAAAAUGCUCCAACGUUCAGGCUUCCAAGCUGACUAUAACUGCUCCAAAGGAGAGUCCCAACACCGAUGGAAUUCAUGUCACAGAUACUCAAAACAUCCAGAUAUCAAGUUGUGUUAUAGGAACAGGUGAUGAUUGCAUUUCAAUUGUAAGCGGAUCCAAAAACCUGCAAGCCACCGACAUAACCUGCGGACCAGGUCAUGGAAUCAGUAUUGGAAGCUUGGGCUCUGGAAAUUCUGAAGCUUAUGUAUCGGGAAUAACCGUGAAUGGAGCUAAGCUUUCUGGAACCACAAAUGGAUUGAGAAUCAAGACUUGGCAGGGAGGAUCAGGAAGCGCAAGCAACAUUAAAUUUCAGAACGUAGAAAUGUAUAACGUGACCAAUCCCAUAAUAAUCGACCAAAACUACUGUGACCAAGACAAGCCAUGCAAAAAACAGGGCACGGCAGUUCAAGUACAAAAUGUGCUUUACAAGAACAUCCAAGGGACGAGCGCUUCUGAGUUGGCCAUAAGAUUCGAUUGCAGCAAGAACUUUCCAUGUCAGGGGAUUUUGUUGCAGAACAUUAACCUGAAAGGCCAAGGCCGAGAGAAGACGGCCACCGCUUUGUGCAACAAUGUGAAAUUGGCUUACGCAGGAGUUGUUUCCCCUCGCUGCCCUUGACAAGAUAUCAAUCUCAUAUAUAUAUAUAUAUAUAUAUAAUCUCAAAUUAAUAUAUAAAGUAGCACAUAUAGCGAAUAUUAAUGUAUAAUGGCUCUGAUUUUGCUAUACAUGCAACAUGCAUGCAUGGUAUAUUGUACUUACGAAGAA